AUGGCGCCUACCAAGUACCUGAACCGGCCCAUUCCUGUGAUCUCUCUCGCCGAUUUUGAGAAUCGCAUCGACGAAAUCGCUCAGUCUCUGUGUGCGGCCGCAGAAGACGAGGGAUUCUUUUGCAUCACCGAGCAUGGAAUCUCGCUGUCCUCAGUGGAAGACAUGUUCGCCAACUCAGCUCGCUUUUUCUCGCUGCCUGACAAUACCAAAGCCGAAGUAGCUUUCGCAUCCGAUCGCAAUGCUGGCUGGGAGAAGAACGCCCAGAUUCGGCCAUCCACGGGCGUUGCAGAUCGCAAGGAGUCUUAUCAAAUGCAGUUCGGCCCAAACAUGGAUGGCAAGUGGUUAUCAAACACCAUAUUGCCAGAGUUUCAGUCCUCUGCAUUGGACUUCAUGCACCAGACUCAGGCCGUGUCUGAAAAGCUCAUGACUUGUUUUGCUCGAGGCCUGGGGUUCGACGACGACUACUUCAUUCGUGCCCAUGAUAUCAAGAGCCCAGAGUCACAGACAGUGUGCCGCCUGCUUCAUUACUUUGAGACACCUAUAAAGAGCGUGCGGGCCGGUGAAGAGCUCCAUCGUGCGGGAGCUCACACCGAUUGGGACCUGCUUACUCUUUUGUUUCAAAAGGAGGGUCAAUCAGGACUGGAGAUCUGCCCAGGACGUGAAGUCAGUACGUCUUUCGGCCACGGCGAUACCUGGACAAAGGUCGAGCCCACCAAAGGUGCCAUCAUCUGCAACAUUGGAGAUCUCCUCAUGAGCUGGUCGGAUGACCGCUUCAAGUCGACGUUCCAUCGAGUCAAGGCGCCCACUGAGCCGGAUGAUUACUACGGCGAGCGCUACAGCAUCGCCUUCUUCAAUCAGCCGUGUCGAGAUGCGCUGAUCCAGGGCCCCAAGAAGAAGUACCCUCCGGUUACUGGCGCCGAGUCUACCAAGAAUGCGAUGAAGCUGUACUACUCGCUGGUAGAAGAGAAGCGUCGAAGGUACGUAAAAACUGUACCUAAGGUAUAG